UUAAUCUAGAUACGGAACACACACCUAUGAAGAAAUAUGAUCUCAUGAAUUCCAUCAAUGCAAGAGGAACAUAUCUUUGCUCCAGAGUUUGCCUUCCACAUCUCAGAAAAGGAACCAAUCCUCAUAUCUUAAAUCUCAGUCCACCUUUGACCUUUGAACCCAAAUGGUUCAGAGGUCAUGUAGCCUAUUCAAUAGCCAAGUAUGGAAUGUCUUUAUGUGUACUGGGAAUGGCAGAUGAAUUCAAACCUUAUGGCGUUGCAGUCAACGCACUCUGGCCAAGAACAGCCAUCUGGACUGCUGCCAUGGAGAUGAUCGGAGGCGAGGCGGAAUCUACGAUGAGGAGCUGCAGAACAGCCGAUAUCAUCAGCGAUGCUGCAUACGCUAUCUUCCUCAAAGACAGUUCAACCUUCACAGGGAACUACUGCAUCGACGAUGAGAUUAUGAGGUCCGAAGGCAUCACCGACUUGGGACAGUACUCUUGCGUGAAGGGUUCUCCUCUCCUCCUUGACUUCUUUGUGGGCCCCGAUCCCAAAGCCAAACCAGGGGAAUUCGUUGAAUCUUACCCAGAUGAAAUGGCUGGAGGAGGAGCAGGUGGAGCUGAAGCAGGAGCCGGUGGAGCUGCAGGUGGAGCCGUAGCAGCCAUGUUUGAUAAGAUGGGAGGCAUGCUGAGUGAUAGUCAUGUCCAGAAGAUUGGUGCAGUCUUCCAGUUUGAGCUCUCAGGCAAAGAACCUGGAACGUGGUACCUUGAUCUCAAGAAUGGCUCAGGGUCAGCAGGCUCCGGAGCGCCCUCUAGUGAUGCUGAUGCUACCUUGUCAUUAGACAGCGAUGACUUCAUCAAGAUGUUUGAAGGCAAGAUAAAAGCUACGGUGGCCUUCAUGGGUGGUAAACUCAAGAUCAAAGGAGACAUGAUGAAAGCUAUGAAGCUGGAAAAACUCAUGGAGGAGUUCAACAAGCUUGCAUCGGCAGAGGCGCCCAAGGCUGAGCCUGCAGCAGCAUCGGGAAACAGCGGAGGGCAGAUAGAAGUGAUGUUCACAAGGAUACGAGAGCUCCUUAGCGAAGAGAUGGUCGAGAAGAUCAGAGCCGUCUACCAAUUUGAUGUUUCAGGUGACGAGGCAGGGUCGUGGACCCUGGAUCUCAAGAACGGUUCCGGAUCCGCCCAGGCCGGUGCCGCCGAGAACCCAGACGUGACCAUGAUCAUGGACACCGCCCUCUUUGUCAAGAUGUUCCAGGGUAAGACGAACCCGACCAUGGCCUUCAUGGGCGGCAAGCUGAAGAUCAAGGGAGACCUCGGGAAAGCCAUGAAGCUGGAGGGUAUCAUGAAGAAGAUGCAAUCAAAGCUGUAGAACUAAUUUGAAUGUAUUCAUAUGGACUUAUUUUAUUGUGAGGUUAUAUAAACCCACAAUUAUAAUGCCACGGUAUAAAAUGCCUAACCAGGGCAGUGUCAUUUAAAAUUACAAUUGACAUUACAAUUUAUUGUUAGAGUAAUUAUAUGAGAACCUUAUACAGCAAGGUGAUUACAAUGGGUUGGAAAUAAGCCUUGCCAGGCCUCUGCAUCAUAAAAAGCACAUACAGGUGUAUUAUUAUUUUUUGUUGUAUUUGUUUUUGUUAUGUGAAAACAGUGUAAUGAAAUAUUUUAAUUCAUUUUAAAUUUUGUUACAGGGUUAAAAUACAAUCCUUUUGUGUUAUUUCUUUUAGCAAAGUUAUCAACAUGGUAUUUAAAUCAAAAUACAGGUGAAUUUGAAUAGUAGGAUUUCAUGAGACCACAAAUGUUGUUUUGAUUAAGCCAAAUCACAGUUAGAAGAUGCACAUAUGUGCCUUGACAUUUAUUUUCUAAUUUUUAAACAAAUUUUCGGCAUUACUCCUUUUUGUUUAAGAUCGCUAUGCUCGAUCUGUAUUGAAAUUCAUUAGUAAGAAAAAAUUGAAACCAGUGGGAUUCAAACUGCCAUCUACUGCUUUCUGGGCAGGGAGACUUAACUACCAGGCCAUUCUGGUUCACGGCUAAGCCACGAUGAACUGGAAUUCAAAUACCCUCGAUCCCCUUCUUUCUGACUCAUUAGCACGCAAAUGCCGUCCGCCGUGGACAAAAGAUAGUAAAUAAAGAGGUUUUAAAAUUAGGAAAUUAUAAUUUGUUAACAAAUGCCGAAAAUUUGUUAACAAGUUAAUUAUAAUUUCCUCCUGUUAAAGCCUCUUUAUUUUUCUUAUUGAAGAUUGACUCUUGCAGACUUUAAUUGUUUUUAUUUGAAAACUGCAACAAUUCUCCAUUUUUUUUUCUAUACAAGUGUCUUGACUAUGAAAUAGACUGACACCAUGUUGCUGCCAAAGGUUUGUCUGUAUUAUCCUGUGUCAAAUUAUCCUUAAUUUCAGAGUUAAUCUCAGUUUUUAUUGUUGUAUGAUUUUUUAAUUAAAAAAAAAUUGAAGUCAUGUAUAUUAUUCUCAACUAUUGCUGUGAAAUUCUAUACAUUCUAAAACCCCUACAAGGAUUUUCAAUAAAGGGUACAGGGUAUAUUUGAAGAGAUAAAACUGACUUGAAACAAUACUUCUACUUUUAAUGAUUGAAUGUAGCAUGUACAUAGUAUAAGUUACCAACAUUUGAAAUAGAAUCAGGGGGAGCAUUAAUCAACUGUCUGGUCAGUGGUUUGUACUAUCAAAUAAAGCUCUCAACCAUUUACAUCCAAACCUCAUCUUUCCUAAACUGGUUUUCCCUUAAACCAGUUCAGGAAACCAGUUUAGAAGUUGGCUUCCCCCUAGAACUCACAUCCUGACAGACCUAAGCGGUUAAGAAAAAAACACUUCAGGUGAAGUCGUCUUAUUGCUUGUAGGCACACUCUCAGUGGAAAAGCUUUCACAAAAAAAAUAAAACCGCUACAAGCUGCUUGCAUUGCCCAGCAUACUAAAGUGUGAAAAUUUGUUACACUGCGGUAUGUCCUGGUAAAGAUUGCUUCUGUAGACCUGUUUAACGAGGCCAAGUUGCCUUGAAAACCUUAUCGCAUGGGCGGUUUCUGAGCACAGAAGACUUAUGACCACCGGCCACCACUAAUUUCAAGUGAAAAUGUGUUUUAAACACAACUCCUUGCAAAGAAGAAUUGCACUUGCGUUAAUUUCCAUCUUAAAUCUUGUAUUUAUUUGCAUAAUUUACAAUAAACAUUCCUAUAUUACUUUAUUUUCAAAGAUUUGCUAAUAUCAAUUUGUCAUUACAUGAUGUUCAUCCACUUUCGGCCUUAAGACCGCUAACUCGGCCCCAAAAAAACUUUGUAUAGCCAUGAAAUUGCGACCACCACUAAAAAGGGUCUAGCUAGAACACUGCUUCUGGUAAUCAUCUUCUUUUUCAUUGAACCAAAUGGUAAUUUUUAGGGGCCAUUUUGUAACUUGUGGGGUUUGUUUUAAUACAUUUUUGGCGACAACACUGUCCCUGAGUAUAUUUGUUUCAAACAAGAUUUAUUGAUAAAGGAAAAUAUACAUAUAUCAUUUUUAUUUUCUUCGUAGUAAUAUUUUUUGAAGGCAUUGUGUUUUCUUGUGCUGGAAGGGCAUUAUUUGUAGAUAACUUUGCACAUCCCUAAUAUAGUAUACCUAUGCAGCAAACCCUGUACAAGUAAAGUGUUUGAUAGCAAAGUCACAAUAUUAUACAGUGAAAAAUGCAGCGUCUAUCUUGGAGUUGGAAACAUCUUGCGCCUGUUGCAUAAAACAUUUUAAUGGUAAAUUUGCCAUCCAGUUUAACUUGAAAUCCUUGAUCCUGAUACACAAUUUCUACCAUUUCUACGGUACUUACCAAUUGAUGGAAAAGUUUACUGUGAUUGUAACUUUUCUACAACAUGGCUCUCAUCUUCACCAUUGCAUAGUCAGGAUGACGAUUCUUUGAAACAAAUGGUAACUACCAAUUCACCUUGAAUUAGGGCUCGGUUGCAAUUAAUAUUACACAAGUGGCCCAUUGCAGUAUAAAUAGUUGCAAUCAAACUCAAUUCCUAAAAUCAAUCCCAAAUUGAUUUCCAACCAGUCAGAAGGACAUAUUUGGGUUGCAAUUGAUUUGUUUAUUUGUGUUCCAAUGCAAUUUAUUCUGCAACUGGCCCGAAGAUCCUCACCUCGCCUUCUGGGGUAAGUUGAGCCACAAAAACUAUGUACAAAAUGUAUGCGGGAAAAACCAGCAUGUCAAUUUUUUAUUUAAGUCUUUUCACUUGCUAAUUCUCGAUAAAUACUAACAUCCUCUAAAAGUAAAAUAACUGUCAUGUGAAUUUGUUCCUUUCUGCCUGCAUAUCAAUGGUUUUUUAAGAUUUUUUUUUAUUAUUAUACAUUACCAUAAGAAUUACCAUGGCUCAACUUGCCCCAUGUUGGCUGGCUCAAAUUACCCCAGUCCGAACUUCAUGCGAUAUUUUCACAUCCACACAUUUCUUAUGCAUCCAUCAUGUAAAAGACUAUGACAAGAAUGAGAAUCCAUACCUGGACUAACAAUAUUGUUUUUAUUUCUUAAUUAUAUUUAAAGACGUGUGUGGGUAAAAAGCACCGAUCUAUUUCACACCCUUUUUUACUUUUUUGGCUGAAAUUUGUAUUUUCCCUCUAAAAAGUACUUUUUGUUUCAAAGUUGAAAACAAUGUGGUGGGGUUAAGGGUUAUGUAAUGGGUCAUCAAUUCAUGAUACCACCAUAAUGUCUGACUCAUUCAUUAUUGGCCUGGAGGUGGUGGCUCAACUUGCCCCUAUGCUCAACUUACCCCGCCUUCCCGUAAUGGUUGUAUAUGAUUAAUAUUAUGACUGAAUAUAUUAUUUGUAUCAUUAUGAAAAUACUAUGUACAUUAGGUUUAAACCAAAAGGAUUCAAUUAUAGAAUUAUUUGCAAUCAAAUCAUUUAGAAUAAUGAUUAAGAAUAAAGGAACUCUGUGUGUGUGAUUAUAUUGGUUGGUUGAACUUUAUGGAUGAUUGGUUGAUUUCAUGCUUGCACGGCACAAAUGUUUGAACUCUACUGAUGUAAAUGCAAUAAAUUGACUGAUUAGAAUUAA